AGUAAACUGUGGUAGAUCAGUGUAAUGGAAUAAUUCACUCAUUUGCUUGAAAUGUGAUUAACUCAAAUUGAGUAAAAACUGGAAUUAUUUUGAAUAGUGUAUAAUAUAUAUAUAUAUAUGUUAAAGAUAAACAACACUGUCUUUGUGUAUCGAAGAAAAACCACAAGUGCAGAUUUUAAUAAAUUGGAAUUAAUUGGAUGUAAAUCUCGUAUUAUUUAUUCAUAGCCUAUGAGCAUACAUAGAGAUCUAUAACCAUGAGUACAUACAAUAUGAAUCAACCAGCCUCCACCAGGGCUUUGGGCCCUGGAGGAAACAUGAUGGAUCUAGGAGAUAUGCCGAUGGACAACAAACAACAACAGACAUUAAUGUGGCAGCAGAACCAGUACAUGGGAGAUUCAGGAAUCCACUCAGGCGCUACAACACAGGCUCCAUCACUCAGUGGCAAGAGCCAUGUGGAUGAUAUGGAGGAACCAGACCAAAACAUGGAUACAUCCAGGAUGAUGUUCAACUGGGGCGACCAGGGUAUGGGUCCCGGCUUCACACAGGAACAAGUUGAUGAUAUGAACCAACAGUUAAACCAGACACGUUCCCAUCGUGUACGGGAAGCCAUGUUCCCCGAGACCCUGGAGGAGGGCCUCCAAAUACCAUCCACACAAAUUCAUCCCGACCAACCAACAGCGGUACAGCGCCUUGCUGAACCUUCACAGAUGCUGAAACAUGCAGUCGUUAACCUUAUCAAUUAUCAGGAUGAUGCAGAUCUUGCCACACGAGCCAUCCCUGAGCUGACCAAGCUCCUAUGCGAUGAUGAUCAGGUCGUCGUUAGCCAAGCGGCCAUGAUGGUUCACCAGCUGUCCAAGAAGGAGGCCAGUCGAGCAGCCAUUAUGAAUUCUCCACAGAUGGUUGCUGCUCUUGUACGUGCCAUGAGCAACACAAAUGAUACAGAGACAACAAGAUGUGCUGCAGGCACAUUACAUAACCUGUCACAUCACAGACAAGGCCUCCUGGCCAUCUUUAAAUCUGGCGGCAUACCAGCUUUAGUGAAACUUCUGAGUUCACCAAUGGAAUCGGUGUUAUUCUACGCAAUCACAACUUUACACAAUCUUCUGUUGCACCAAGAUGGAUCCAAGAUGGCGGUCCGACUUGCUGGAGGCUUACAGAAGAUGGUAGCUCUCCUGCAGAGGAACAAUGUCAAAUUCCUCGCAAUCACGACAGACUGUCUCCAGAUUCUUGCUUACGGAAACCAGGAAAGCAAGCUGAUCAUCCUGGCCAGUGGAGGACCCGGUGAACUUGUUCGUCUCAUGAGAUCAUACACAUAUGAAAAACUUCUGUGGACCACAUCUCGUGUUCUCAAAGUUCUGUCUGUUUGUCCCAGUAACAAACCAGCUGUUGUUGAAGCUGGCGGUAUGCAGGCCCUGGCCAAUCACCUCGGUCAUGGAAGUCAGAGACUUGUACAGAACUGUCUCUGGACACUGAGAAACUUGUCAGAUGCUGCAACCAAAUGUGACACAUUAGAUGGACUUCUACAAAUGCUGGUACAGUUAUUGUCGUCUAAUGACAUCAACGUGGUCACAUGCGCUGCUGGUAUACUCUCGAACUUGACAUGUAACAACAUUCGUAACAAGAUGAUCGUGUGCCAGGUGGGCGGUAUCGAAGCUCUCGUCAGGACAAUUCUGCAAGCUGGAGACAGGGAGGACAUCACAGAGCCAGCUGUAUGUGCUUUACGUCACUUGACAGCGCGACACCAUGAGGCUGAGAUGGCCCAGAAUGCAGUGCGUUUGCACUAUGGUCUCCCAGUCCUCGUAAAACUUCUCCACCCACCAAGCAGAUGGCCACUGAUCAAGGCUGUGGUCGGUCUCAUUCGUAACCUGGCACUCUGCCAAGCCAACCAUGCCCCUCUCAGAGAGCACGGAGCACUACCAAGAAUUGUACAGCUGAUGAUAAGAGCUCACCAAGACACACAAAGGAGAGCAUCAAUCAGUUCUAAUGGACAAGGUAGUGGCUACGUAGAUGGCGUUAGAAUGGAGGAGAUCGUUGAGGGAACCGUCGGUGCCCUUCACAUCCUCGCCCGUGAGGCACAUAACAGAGCCGUCAUAAGGGGACUUAACUGUAUCCCACUUUUCGUACAGUUGCUGUAUUCACCAGUUGAGAACAUUCAGCGUGUCGCAGCUGGUGUGCUCUGCGAGUUGGCCUCCGACAAGGAAGGUGCCGAACUCAUUGAGCAGGAGGGAGCCACGGCUCCCCUCACGGAACUUCUCCACUCGAGGAACGAGGGAGUGGCCACAUACGCGGCUGCUGUUCUGUUCCGUAUGUCAGAAGACAAGCCUCAGGACUACAAGAAAAGAUUGUCAGUAGAACUGACCAGCUCUCUCUUCAGAGGGGACCAGAAUAUGGCAUGGGCUGAUCCACCAGGAUUUGACGACGUUGGUUUCGGUCAAGAUGAAUAUCGCUCCAACGAUCAAAUGUACAACCCAGGCAGCCAACAAAACAUGAGCGGGUCUCAACAUGACAUGAGCCGAGGUUAUGACAGUCAGUUGCCUAUAGAUUCUAUGCAGGGUUUAGAUCUAGGUAGCCAAGGUGGCAACCAGUAUGGUCCUAUGGACAACCUUGACAUUGGACCUCACGGCGAUCUCAGUUUCGGAAAUUUGGACAACAGUGGUAUGCCCCCACAAGGUCAGGGAGAUAACCCUGGCGGGCUACCCCAACAGUGGUUUGAUACCGACUUGUAAGGGGAGACAACUGUGUACUUAAUCAGUGAAUUAUUUUUUAUCAAACGUAGAGAUGAUUCAAGGGAGAUAACAAGUGUCAAAUUGUGGAAAUUAUCUGUUGAUAGUGACAUCUGUGACUACCAACUGUGCAAAAUACUUGGAUCUUAUAAACAGAUGUGUAAAGAUUUUAAUUCUGGUUUUAAAAUUUUUAGGACAUUCUUUUAUAUGUCAUUGUGUUUUGUACAAAAUGAAGCCAGAUGGAUAGUUUUAAACUAGACGAUGUGAAAUGUACAGAGAGUAAUCAGACGUAACACGUUGCCUUUUCGGACUCCACAUAUCCAUUUUCAGAACAGAAGUCGGAAAAACAUCAUCUUGUACAAUACCACACUGCCUUUUGAGUAUCAUUUGCUUUGAUUGCCAGUAAGUUGGAGAAUUCUUUGUUGAAAGGUUAUUUCAUUGAUGAAAAUUUUUUAUCGGUAAAUAUUUUACAGUUUUGAAAGUUUGGUAAAAAAAAAUUCUGACACAUUAAGACAUAGUGUCGGAAUGCAACUUUAGUAUGUGCUUGUUAAUUUUGCAGUUUUGAAAUUGAUAGCUUUUGGAAAGUUUUUUUAUAAAAAUUCAGGGAAAAAUUAUUAUAUAGUGGAAUAAAGUUUAAACGAGGUAAGUUAUUGACAGUGAAGACUUCAGAAAUGUUUUAAUGUGAAAUUGGCUAAUCAAUGCAUUUGUGCUUAAUUCACCUUUGUAUAUAGAGUUGUUGACAAAACUUGUAUAUGGGAGCAAUAUAUAUUGUGAAAUGUUUCAAAACCUAAUGCUGCGGGGGGCUUAACUGACCAGUUUUUAGUAAAAUUUGAAUUCAUUAAUGAAGAAAAAAAAAGAGGGGAAACACAAAGAUAUUGAUAUGAAUUUUAACUAUUUAUCAUCGUAAUAAAUUUUAGAAGAAACUUUUUAGAAAAAAAUUCUAAAGGUCUUGGUAAAAUUUUCAGUUUAUUUCAGAAAAUAUUUUGGUCAGUCCCUUACGUCUUUGUACUUAUAUUUAAAGUUAGUUAUAGAUAAUGUAGAUUAUGCUGCAUUUAUCACAGUUGGUAUUACCACCUUUUUUGAUCGAACAAACUGUCUGAAUUUCAUCUUUCUUUUGAAGAUCGAGAUCUUUUUGUAUGAAUAAAAUGUAUUUUAAACAUUUAAAAGUCAUCUUUAUUGCAUUUAUUUUCAUACAAGAAAUCUUGUUACUUUUGCACGCUGUUAAAUAAGGUGUUAGCUGUAAAUAGAAAAAAAAACAUUUAAAAUGGUGUGCAACAGUAAUCUUUUUUAAAAAGAUUUUCAUCAGAGUUGGCAGUCAUUAAGUUUUUUUUCUUUUCCGAAAAGUUUGAUCAAAAGAAUGGUAAUGUCUCUGAAGCAAAGAAAAAUCAAAGAAAACCUUACCAAUUAUAAUACCAUGUCAUUAUUUUAAUCAUGAUCAACAUUGUAUCAUUCACAGUUAAACUGUGUUUUUUUCUGUCUGAACUUUAUAUAUUUUUGACCAUUUUUUUAAUUGAACAAAAUGAACUAUUUUUAUAAUAUCAUCCAGGUAUAUUAUAUGUUUUGUGUAUAUAUAUCUUAUAUUAUUGUGUUCUUUAGUCAUAUUCUAGUUUUAUCAUUGAUGAACUGAAAAGGUUGUACAAAGAUAAAAACUAGGAACAUAUUCAGGUGUUACUUGUUCUUUUCCCAGGAAAGCACACAACUAUUAGGCCAUUAUUUUGUCAUGUUUACAAGCAAAUUUCAUCUUUUCUAUUUUCAAGCAGAUCAGUUUGCCUCAAAACAUUUUUAUCAAGCACCAUAAAUCUGACACCAUUUAACAUGUUUGAAAAGCAGACUGUUUUUAUCCCUUUGUAAAAUUUGUACAUAUUUAGUAGUUUUACAGUAGAAAAUGUUUUUAACUUCGAAAUUAGUAAAUAUUUUGUUAACUUCACAGAAUGUUUAUUACUACUCUUUCAAUUGAUGAUUUCAAAUCGAAAAUAACAUACUCCUGGUCUUCAUUUCAGCAAAUUUCGGCAUUUUUUUUUUUUUUAAUGUACUUGCAAAAAAAUGUUUUUAUGCUUUAAGCCAUUUAGAUUUUGACUGGUAUUCUCUUCGUAAAAGUCGUGUCAUUCCAUUCACAGAGACUGUUAUAUUAUUGGUUGUACAUGCGUUUUAUAUACAUGUUGCAUACUGUACAGUGCAUGCGAAAUUUCAUUUUUUAGCAAACUUUUUACCCCCAAACUUCCUUAUUUCUCUCUUUCGUAUGUUCAUUAUUGGAUAAGAAUGAAAUUUUAGUGCAUUCUAAAUUAGUACUGUGCUAUAUUUUACUUUUCUUUGUACUGGUAUUAUUAAAUGUGAAUUAAAAUGAUAUAAAAAUGA